AUGUUGUGUCUUUUUGUCGGACACAACUUCUUUCUUGAAAAUGUUGUGUAUCAUUUAUGUUAGGUUAAAACUCUUAUUUUUUACUCAAGUCAAGUCAAAUUAAUGUGAGUGUAUUAAAGCAAUUGCACCGACACAAUGUAUUUUUUUUUAAAAAGGAGCACUUAAAAAUUGUUGUUUCUAUUUAGUUAAAAAAAAAACAUUUCCUGUCAUUUAAAAUUGCCAUCAAGCAAUUUAUUUUUUAUUUUAUUUUUUUAGGCAAGAGCGCUUUUAAGUCGCUUCUUGCUGCAGUUUGACCCGUGCGACCUAUUCAUUUGAGCAGAAUUAAGUGCCCUUGCCAGAUGAAAAGACAAAUGAAACAAAACCCAAAAAGACGCACAGGCUGGCGACCGAAAUCAAUUGGCCUAUUUUUUUGCUUUUUCCCUUCACGCGUCAUUGUCACCUUAUUGACUCACGCGGACGCACAAGAGUAAAAGAAUAGUUGGCGGAAGGUACCAAAUGAUGUUGAAAAGGAAGCUGGAAUCUUAACCCCGUCUCUUUUAAUACGGUCCGUCCAAUUAAUAGCGCCUAUGUUGGCUGACACGAACAUGGAAAUGAGGACAAGUACUUAAGUCAUUAUCAUAAUUUUAUGCUGCUUUGUGUUGCGUGGGAACUGGUUCAGUGUCACGCGCCGUGUAACAGGGGACGGGAUAAAAUGUAGGACUUUGCCCCGGAAUGUCGAGGCGAAGGCCUAGUUCCCAUUUCCCAUAAGCCACCGUCAUUGGUCUAUUUCACUAUCAAAUCGGCGAAGGGGGGAACGCGCCUGGUCGCUAUCAGUGUGUACUUUAUAUCCAAGCCUCGGUGUCUCCUGCUUUCAGGUUCCUCAGAGGCUUUGACCCCGGAGACGGACUGCUUUUGUGGGAGAUGGCCCAAUAGCAGCAGCCCGUGAUGCCGGACCAUGACAGCGACUCCCUCCUGAACAGACAGACCAAGCGAAGACGUGUGGACAUUGGCGUGAAGAGGACCGUGGGCAGCGCCGUCUCCGCCGCAGCGACAGCGACCACUGAUAACAUUGCGCGCGCCAAAGCAGCCAUUUUUAGUGCCAUGAACUCCCUGAGUGCCCACUCUCACCACGGGUCGGACGCCGACUCCAUGGAGUGCUCUGUGGUGCAGCCGCACGGGGGGCCCGGCGUCGGGUCGGCCGGCGACAACGAGUCCAAGUCCAACGUGCUGCGGAAGCUCCUGAAGCGGGCCAACUCGUACGAGGACGCCAUGAUGCCCUUCCCGGGCACGACCAUCAUCUCCCAGCUGCUGAAGAAUAACCUGGCUAAAAAUGGCGGGGGGCCGGAAAGAGGGGAUCGAGGCGAAAGGGUGGACAGCAGCUUCCCUGGAUCCGGGCUCUCCACCACAAGCUCAGAUGCACACCAAGAAGACGCCUGCAGCAAUUCUUCCCAAGAAAGCAGCCCUCAGGAAUGUUUGUCCCCUUUCGGCCGGCCCCCCGGCCUGGGGGCCUUUGACCUGGAGCGUCUGAACGACGAGCACCUGCGCGCCAAGCGAGCCCGCGUGGAGAACAUCAUCCGCGGCAUGAGCCACUCCCCGAGCGUGGUGCUGCCGGCGUCCUCUCGCCACGAGCGCGACCACGACAUGGAGCGGGAGCGGGAAAUGGAUCUGGAGUGCCCGCCGCCGCCGCCGCAGUCUCAGCGGCAGACCCCCGGCAGCCCCCGGGCGGGCGAGGCGUGCGGCGGCGGCGGCAGUCGGGAGAAUAAGCGCAAGCAGCGUCUGCCCCAGCAGCAGCAGCAGAGCUUCACCCAGCUGGUGUGUCAAAGGAAGGAGCAGAAGCAGGAGGAGCGGAGACAACUCAAGCUGCAGCUGGAGGACAUGCAGAAGCAGCUGCGCCAGCUCCAGGAGAAGUUCUUCCAGAUCUACGACUCCACAGACGACUCGGAACACAACGACCUGCACAACGACAUGGGAAACCUGUCCGAGGACAGCCCGGUGAGGUCCGACAAUGGCGGCGACGACCUGCGUUCUGACAACGAGAUGUCAGACUUGGACCCGGGCCACUUCCUGGAUCGGGCCCGGGCGUUGCUUCAAGAGCAGGCUCUGCUGGGGGAAAGAGAGAAGCCGAGGCGAGACGGAGUCGGCCGGAGCAAAGGGCAGGCGGGUGCAGGCGCCUCCGUGCACGCGGAAGGUAAACAGCUGGCGGAGACUUUGAAGCAGGAGCUUAACUCGGCGAUGACACAGGUGGUGGACACGGUGGUGAAGGUGUUUGCCAAGCCUCCACGCCCUACACCCCAGCAGGCUUUCCCCCCGCUUUCUUUACCGCCUGAGAGGUUCUCCACCGUGGUCAAUGGGGACAACCCCAACUUCCACACCACCAACCAGAGGCUGCAGUGCUUUGGCGAUGUCAUCAUUCCUAACCCGCUAGACUCCUUCACCGGCAUCCCCGGCAUUCCCGGCGCCGCCAACGACCAAACCGAGGCGCUGCCAUUAGUCGUGAGAAAGACGCCCAGUGAGCACCACCACCACCACCACCAGUCCUCCGCUGUGGGCGCCCACGGUGGUCACCACCACCCGUCUCUUCACCCCUCUUCACUUUCUGCCUCCAUGGGCUUCAGCCCCCCAUCCUUCCGACACCCGUUCCCCCUGCCUCUCAUGGGCUACCCUUUCCAGAGUCCCCUGGGCCCACCCACAGGCGGCUACCUGGGCAAGGAGCGCUCCUCGCCAGACUCCAUGGACCUUUCCCGGGAGACCACCAGCCUGAGGACCAAGAUGGCAUCCGGGCACCACCUGGGGCACCACCACCGCUCCUGUUCGCCAGCGCACCCCGGCAGCACGGCGGAGGCCCUCUCCCUCUCGCUCAUCAAGUCCGAGUGCGGCGACCUCCAAGACAUGGCUGACAUCUCGCCAUACUCAGGCAGCAAUAUACAGGAGGGUCUCUCCCCAAAUCAUCUGAAGAAGGCCAAGCUGAUGUUCUUCUACACCCGCUACCCGAGCUCCAACAUGCUGAAGAUGUUCUUCUCUGAUGUCAAGUUCAACCGCUGCAUCACCUCCCAGCUCAUCAAGUGGUUCAGCAACUUCCGGGAGUUUUACUACAUCCAGAUGGAGAAGUUCGCCCGGCAGUCCAUCAACGACGGCGUGGCGGGCGUGGAGGAGCUGAGCGUGAGCCGCGACUGCGAGCUCUUCCGAGCCCUCAACAUGCACUACAACAAGGCCAACGACUUUGAGGUCCCCGAGCGCUUUUUGGAGGUGGCCGAGAUCACGCUGAGGGAGUUUUUCAACGCCAUCGUGGCGGGCAAAGACGUGGACCCUUCCUGGAAGAAGGCCAUCUACAAAGUGAUCUGCAAGCUGGACAGCGAAGUCCCCGAGAUCUUCAAGUCGCCUAACUGUCUCCAAGAGCUUCUACACGAGUAAAGUCGACUUCUCCUCGCUCCACAACGCUUUGCGCUUUUUUUUUGAUCUUCUUCAUGGAACAUUACUCUCUUUUAAUCGAUUUUUUUCCCCCCCAUUUUCUUUUGUUUUUUUUAAUUUACUUUUUUGAAUGUAUGAAAGUUAUGAAGUAGCAUUCCCGAUUUGAAGCCUUGGCGUCCGUUCCUCGAUGACGUAGAUCUUGUGUUGCUUUUCUUCUAAAAGAAUUUGUAAUAUUAUUAUUAUUAUUAUUAUUAUUAUUAUUAUUAAUUAAUGGAUUUGUUUUUGCUCCUGACGAACUGAGAAGAUUCUAAUCGUUGGGAUUUUUUUUUUUGGGUGUGGCCGCGUGACUCGUCAUCCAUGUGGCCUGGUGUAGGAUCAAGUGAGUGGCAAUGAAGGAAACAGGCUGUGUUCCGUAGAGUUCCAUGCGGUCCACCCAAUGAACUGAGUUGUUACCCAACUGGACGCUCCCUCGCACACAAAAGCAGGACUAGUGAGGGAAGUGGACUGGACCGUGAUCUAAACUGGGUCUUGGACCGGUUUCAAAUAGAUUCCGACCUCUACCCUUUUUUGAAGUGUUUUUCCCGCGGGGGGCAUUGUGUUUAUCGGGUGUACAUUUUUUCUUUUGCCAUGAAUAUUUCCGUUGUGUAUGAUGAUUUUAUGAUUUGUCACCACUGCUUUGCUGAAGGUUGGCAUUGAAGAUGUUUGUCCCCUCUAAUGCCUUUGCAGACACAAAUAAAUUAUUCCUAUGAAGAGUAUUCAAAAA